AUGGCCCGCCAAAGAGGCUCGGGGAAGACAUCUUCCAGCAAGAAGAAGGAUACCGGUCCUCCGGCCCCCUUCAAGAAGCCCCCUGAGGUCCUGCAGCCUUUCAUCGAGACGCUUGAUGAGAAGUGCGUAUACAUCACACACAUCGACAGCCACCAACGGGAUUUCAAGCGCAAGAUCUUUGUUGUCCCCGUGCUCAUGAAUAUUGCCCUAACAGCUGCCCUGCUAUAUCGUAUAUGGUACAUUGCGCCUUACUACCUACGGAUCUUCGUCUCUAUUCUAGGCUAUUUUAACGAGACCACCAUGGUUGUCGAUGAGAUGGAAUGGGAUGAGAUCAUCCCCGAAGUCGCCAAGCGUGCCUUUUCUUUCAUGCUGGACUUCCUGCUCUUCGUAUUUGUCUGGUCCUGGCCUAUCGAUUUUGUUAUAGGCAACGAGCAUGGAAGCCCCGUCAUGUGGCGGUGGAACGUCGGAUUCAGAAACCAAGAGGUUGUCGUGCGAAGAAGUAGGAAAUGGGUCGAAACUGCUGGCGACUUUGUCAACGAUGAAGGGGCAAAGAGCCUCUUCAUGUCGCGUAUCAGUAUGGCGACAUCACCCAUGCUUAUCAACGAGAAGACGGGCUACCUCCUUAUGACUGCUGACUGGGACCUCGACUGGGCUGCCAUGGUUGACACCACUAUGAUGGUAGACGAGAAAAUGGCUGCAAUCGAGGCGUUUAAGACAGCCAUCCUGCUUUUUCACGAGGAUUACGGAUGGCUCUGCGUGGACACGACAGUUGGUGAGAACGAUGUGGAAGACGAGAGGAGACGUCAGGUUUUCGCUUUUAGAGAUGCACUUGCUGCCGUUGGCAAGGAGGCUCUAUUUUACCGAUGGAUUGAAAUAAUACAGUUUGAAUCAACACGACCUGGUGGUUUCACAACAGAUAGACAGGAAAAGACUGCACAGGAAAUCAGAGAUUUGUUCAGCAAGGAGGGCAUCGACUUUGAUAAAUUCUGGGAGGAGAGUGUAGGCCAGAGUGGUCUGGCUACCCCUGGGAUGUAA